AUGUCGUUCACCCCAGAUUCAAUUCCACCUCUCACAAUAUCCCAGCCCAAGUCGGUCAACGUUAUGAAACGAGUGAAAUGCUGCACCGCUUGUCGCCGCCGACACAGAAAAUGUGUCACUCAGCCUGGAGCAUCGCAAUGCGGCACAUGUCUAGAGUCAGGGCAGGAGUGUCGGUUUGAGAAUGACAUUCGGUUCAAACACAUUCACUCAGAAGCGCAGAAGGAAUCCGGGCGGAAGUGGGCAAAGGUUUCUCAGAAGAUUUCAUUCACGACACCUCGUGGGAUUGAUGGCAAGGUGCCUGAGGAAGCGGACACGAGGCCGGAGACGAAUGAGUCGGCGACGCAGCCGAUAUCUGAAGGGAUGAUGGAAAUAUCGAUUGACGACCCCGUACACUCCCAACCAGAAGUUGGGUCAUUAGAGCAGGUGUUCAGUUAUUGGGAGUUGCCUUCAAACAUCAUCACGGACUCCCCGAUUGACCAGAACAUGACCCCAGCAUAUCACGCAGAUCACUCAGAGAGUUCGUCACUCCCACGAGCAUCCAUCCCAUUUAUUCUUGAGCCCGAAAGGUCCACUCCCAAUUCCACUGCUCAAGAUUUGACCCACCAAGGCCACAGUCCGGAUCCCUUCGAGUUGACGGAGCGAGAGGCCUUUCUCUUCAUGACCUACAUCCACAAGCUCGCACCUCUUUCCGACGCAUGUGAUGACGCCCGACAUUUCGCCCUCGAAGUUCCCCGUCUCGCCCUCCACCAACCCAUGAUAAUGAACGGCCUCCUCGCCCUCGCAAGUCGCUACGACUCCCGCUGCACCAACACCUCCGACGACAUCGAAAGCACAUUCUAUCACAACAAGUGCAUAAAACUCCUCAUAGAAGCUUUCGCUCAACCGCCCGAGACCUGGGACUCGACGCUCCUCACGGCUGUUGUUAUCGCGCGCUUGUACGAGGAGAACGAUAAUGAGACGGAUUCUUACUAUCAUCACCUCAGUGGGACCCAGAAUCUGUUGAAUCAUGAAGUCAUCGCGCGGUUUGUGAUGCAAGGUGGGCUGGCUGAAGCGGCGAGCUAUCUACGUCUACGUUGUUCGCAAGGAACCGCUUGA